AUGAGUGUCAUCGCGAGCAGACCGGAGUCCGCUGGUAUGCGCUAUACAGCCAUCUCUCAUCAGAGUGAGGUGGCUCAGAACUAUAAGGAUUCAGCAUAUACGGUGACAGUGCAGCCAAUUCCUUCGCGCACUUCGUCAAUUUCUUCUUUCAGAAGUAAUUACACCGUCUCGACUUCUCCUACCUCCUACUCCCCUUCAUCACCCACUCCUUCAUAUCGGUUGUGCGACUCUGCUGCCUCUCUUGACAAAAUUUUGGAGCCGGUCUUCAAACGUCUGCCCCAGGAGGUAUAUGAUGGCAUCCUUACCCAAUUGCAGAAUCUGCAUACCGAUCCACAACAGACGGGGUGUUUAACAUGUUUCUACCGCGACUUGCACGCCCUUUCCCUGACGUGUCGUGUCUGGGAGAGGGUUGUCCGAACCAAACUCUAUAAUUGCAUUCACAUCAUCGGAAAUGAUUCCCCCGCUCAUCUGAAGAAAUAUCGGAUGAAAAGAGGAACCCGUUUGAAGCUUCUGAGACGAACUCUCCGGGAAAGAAAGUCGCUGGCCAACCUUGUUUUGGAGCUUCGUGUGCCGCAAAUGGACUUGCUCUUUACAACAAGCAAACAUAGCACUCAAUGGCAAGAAUACCGAGAUCUCGUUGCAUCCGUCGUUAUGGUUUGCCCCAACCUGGAACGGUUGUUGGGCCUAACCAUCGCGUACAAUCACGAAUUCGAUCGUCUCACACACGCCUUAUCAACACGAAAGAAGUUGAAGGAACACACAUGGAUGCUGGGAGAGGGUCCGACGUUUUCGGAGGAAGAAUCUCCUCGUAACACUUCUUGCCCGGGUAGCCUAGGCCCUUUGCAGAUGUUCGAGUUUCUGGACUACCAUGCAUCAUGGUCAAACCUAGAGACCCUGAUGAUCUGCACGCUGAAUGGGAAAAGCGCUCUUGAACCGAGCGUCUUCCUGCGCAUGAUCCACUCCCUACCUUCACUGCGGCAUCUCUGCAUCUCAUCGUUCGAUGCGGAUGCUUUUGCAGAUAGUGCAUUGCUUUGUCUACCGCCUCUCGAGUCACUUAGGCUCGAAAGCUUGCCCGGUAUCACCGAUGCGGGUCUAUCGCAAUACACUUCGCGCCCGGAGUCCCACUCCUUAGUGUCUCUGGCUCUCAUCGAGCAGAAUGUUCAAUCUCUCCUUGUGAUAUCCAAGAUUCUUGCCUCGCUGAGGAAUCUAGAGCGGUUCAAAAUUGUGCAAACUGAGCACUGUCCGACAUUGGAUAAUGAUGGCAUGGUUUUUCAACCGCUGUUCGCAUCUUCGUCUCUCAAAUAUCUGCAUUGGGAUGUUGCUUGUCCGAACCCGGCCACUGCCCUGACGCGCCUCGAUUUCGCCCCCUUUGCAAAGCCACCAAAACAUAUAGACACUCCCAAUUCACAUCUUGCCCAGAGCAUACUUUGCGCAGGGUUCCCCCGUUUGGAAGCCCUUCGAGCACCCUCGGAUAUAGAACCUCCGGGUAUCCUCCAGGCCGUUUGUCAGCCCAUCCCCCGUGGACAGGCUCUGAUCAAUUCAGACAGGUACAGUCUGCCUCGAAGUUCUCAUGGUUCAGUCAGCACCAGACCAAUGGCCCUUCCCGCCGGCAAUAAUCUAACGUCCGCGCGAAUACGGGCACAGACAUUCAUUGACAUGGCGUCUAAGGACACCGAAAACGGGAUGCAGGUCCUCAUCACAGAUCACUCGGAUUCCUACGUGCCUGACAAUGCGUUAGAUGAGGAGUCGGAUGACGAGCCGGAUCUAGAUGUUGAUCAAUACGGAUAUCCAUCCGUUCACGAAAAGUCGAAAGAAGAGCAGGAUGGCCCAGUAACUGUGUACAACUUCAGAAUGCCCGCGUACAUGGGCAGAGUUGGUAGUAGAACUACUGGGAGAGAUGUGUCGAUACCUCGCUUUAUCCUUCGCCCCGAUCUACCUGGACAGGAUGCGGAUGGUGGCCUCGUCGGUUGGAAGCAUGUCCUGGCUUCUAACCAGUCAUUGACGUAUGCUGCCGGCGUUGGAGUAAGCUGUUUUGGCAGCAAAGGCAUCGCAAUGUCCCCUUCACCCCCCGAGGAGUCGCCGCCGUCCCCGGCCUCAACCACAUUUACUCGAUUUGGAUGGGGCAGCAUUGGGAGUCGCUCAGCACUUGGAACGAGUCCUGUCACGCCGACCACCCCGUCCACCCCCAUGAGCCUGGCAUCAGCAGCCACAUUACCGUGGGACAAGGAUACCUGUACUGGCUCCUGGAACUAUAGCCACAAGAAAGGCCGUGACUGGUGGUUCCAUAUGGAACGUGAUCGUCCAGGAAGUGUCCAGGUGAUUGAUGUCAAAGGGUUAUUUUGA